CUGAAUCACACAGACAGAGAGCUGGAGAGAGUGAGAGCCUUUGUGUGUGUGUGUGUGUGUGUGUGUGUGUGUACUUCAGGAGAAUGAAUGAAGAGCGGACUGCAGCUCCACUUCCCUCCUCACUGGGGGAUUUGAAGCGGAUUUUACUUCCACUAAGUCAACGCUUUAAAACGGGAUCGUUCCCCUGUUAUCAACCUCUGUGUGAACAACUGCUCUAUGGUCCAUGACAGUGGACAUGCCGGACAGUUUCUCAGCACGGGACAUGGUCUCCUGAGCAGCCUGUCCACCAACACAUUCAAAGGAUAAGCCAGUCAAUCCUGGGCCAUGACGGCUCUGCUUGGCAACGUGAGUGUCCCUGGGAGUACAGCAGUCCUGCUGGCCUUCACAGACGAUCCCUUGAACCUGACUGCAGCUACUGAGGCAGGACUCGUGUCAGGACAAUCCCUAGCCCCUCUCUGUACCUUCUGUUGCUGUGGGUUUCUCAAUCGUACCUUGGCAGUGGUGUUCAUGGUCAGCCUGGCGUUUGCCAUUGUGAUUGGAAAUGUGAUCACACUUACGGUCUUCGUGCAAACAAGGCAGUCGAGAACGCCACAGGGAUACUUGAAAGUGUCUCUGGCCAUAGCAGACAUGAUGGUCGGUGUCCUCGUGGUCCCUUUCUCCGUCUACACUGAAAUCUCCCUGAUGGUGACAAGCACUCCUCCCCUUUGGUACCAGGGUAGUGCUACUUUCCCAGCCUCCUCUUCUCUCGGCGGACUAGUGAGCCCUUGGCAGCCCUGCAUGCUAAUUGGCCCUGUGUUCGCUGGAUGCACGUUUGUCUCCAUCAGCACCAUCUUCCUCAUGACCUUAGAGCGAAGUGUGGCCAUCCUACGGCCACUUCACAAGGACGCCUUGGUGACCAGGAGGCGAACUCUGCUCCUCAUCCUGCUCUCUUGGGCUGCUAGCUUCCUUCUGGCUCUCGCUCCCCUCAUCUUCAGCAGUAACUUCACACUGGACUACAAUGAGUGCAGUCGUAUGUGUAACUACACCCCACUUUUGUUUGGAGGCCAGCUGCCACCUGAUGCCAACAUUUUGCUGUUAUUCCCAGCAUUUGACUUCACGCUGCUCGGUGGCACGUUGGCCGUUAACAUUUUGUCUUUCACUAGCAUUCGACGGUACUCCCGAAAACGCAAACUGCUCUCAGAGGGGAGUCUGAGUGACGGUGGGGGUGGCGGAGGGGGAGGAGGGUGCCCUCACAGGCCCUCCUUCUCAGACAUUAAAGCUGCCAAGACAAUUGGCAUACUAACAUUCGCCUUCACAGCAUCCUUUUCUCCCAUUGCAGUGUUUGUGCUCGGGAACGUGGUGGGAUACACCUGGUGUAACUUUUCCUUUUUUGCCUUCUGGAUCCUGACAGCAAACAGCUGCUGUAACGUUAUCAUCUACAGUGUCAGGGACCACCGCUUCAGGAAGGGGGUGACCCUGCUCUUUCAGCGAGACCAGUCCCCCCCACAUGGCGAGAAGUCUUGAGCGAUACAUGAAUUCAUUCAUUGGGCAACAAGCUUGUGUUUUGUUCUUGUCUGUGCUGUGUUGAUUGAGUUUAGUUUAAGUCCACUCCUAUGUUUGUACAGUAAAUAUGAAGCUGGUGUCAGCAGCUGGCUUCCCUGGCUCUGUCCAAAGGUAAUACAAUUAAUCUUCGAGCAGCUUCCAGUUUUUUGUUUUGCUAAGCUAACCUUAGGUUUCAUAUUUACUGUUCAUCUGCAAGAGUGGUCUUAAUCAUUUCAUUCAACUCUUGGCAAGGAAGUUGAAUAAUCACAUAUCCCAAACUGUUCAAUUUUUCUUUAAUUGAAAUGUUGGCUCAAUGCCAAAAUUGGUCAUUUAAACAUGAAAGUUUGCAAUACUUUGUUUCUAAGAACUGUAUAUAAAAGCUACAUUCAAAUUGUUUGACCUCCAUCCAUUGCUAUCUCUGGACAAAGAAACCUAUAUCUAUGCACUGCAUAACAAGAACAGCUUUCAGGAUUGGACCAAACACACAUACUGUAGAUCCUGAUGAAAACAGAUGUUAUUAUCUGAAUAAACUGCAGGUCUUUGUGGCAACUCUACUGCCACAACAAACCCCAUACUCUCCUCCGGACUCCUCAUCUUGCCUCCCUAUUAUCAAACCUCUUUUCUGAAGCUUUACAAAUCAGGGGGCUUCUAAUGGCCUUUCAGUGACUUCAGGAUAACCUUCAGGACUUCAGGUGCACUGACAACCACAAUCACAUGGUUCAUGUUUUUUUGUCAGGAGUGGGGUUUGUCAUCUAUUGAUUUACAAGGGUUAUAUUAGGUUUUAUUAGUAUGUUCAGGAAUCUUGCUAAUGUUCACCUCUUUGGACUAAUGUGUAUUUACAAAUGUUUCGGUAAAGGGAACCACUCAUAACAUAAAUCUGAUUCUGUGGUGUUAAAUACAAUUUUGAUCAUGUAUAUUCAGUCUUUUGUGAUAAUAAUCAAAUCUGCCUCAAGUAUGGGAAAUGCACUUUAUCAGUUUCUAUGUGAACCAUUUGCAUGGUGCCAUCUGUCAGACGAGGUUCAUUUUGUACAAGUUUUAUUUUAGGCAUUUUAUAAUAUUGGUUAUUUCUGAGUAAAUGGAAAUUAAAGAGAAUGAUCUGUAUAUAUAUAUUAAAUCAGUAAUGACUAAAUGAAUGGAAUUCCAAACACAGAGAUUUAGUUUAAAAAGUGUUAUGAUUAAAGCAGACCCUAAUGCUGAGUCAGCCCUUCUUUUCAGGGUAUAAUGUAUUUGUAACAUAAAAUGAUCUCAUCUUGUGAGUCAUCUCAUCAUCUAAAAGUCUUGUGCUCUGUUUGGAAAUCUGUAUUGUAAAAUUUGACAAAUAAUAUGUAUAUAAACGAGGCUGCAGAGUA